AUUUAUAUAUGUGUUUUAGACUUUUGGUCAUAACAAGUCACUGUCGUUCGUAAGUCUUAACCACUUGCUUACUCAGAUUGUCUCUCUCCAUCAAAUCACACGUGCGAGUUUGGUUCAAUUCAAAUGAGAACCCCUUUUGUUGGAUUCUUCAGAAUACUUGUCCUUCUUGUUUUUGUCUCAGCUUCCUGUUGCAGUUCAUCUAUUAAUGAAAGUAUGAAAGCGCAGAAAACUUUAGCGAUUAUAAAGCCGGAUGGAUUGCUCGGUAACUACACAGAUGAUAUCAAGAGAACAAUUUUAGAAUAUGGUUUUAGCAUUGUCAAAGAAAAGAUUGUUCAACUUGAUGAAGCCGGUGUGAAAAUAUUUUAUGCAGAACACUCUUCAAAAAGCUUCUUUUCCAGCCUUGUAAAAUACAUGACAAGUGGACCAGUGUUAGUUAUGGUUUUGGAGAAGGAUGAUGCUAUUGCUGAUUGGCGCGCUUUAAUGGGCCCUACGGAUGCAAGCAAGGCUAAGAUUACUCACCCUCACAGCAUCAGAGCAAAAUGUGGAUUGGAUACCCAAAAUAAUUGUGUUCAUGGUUCAGACUCUAUCAAUUCUGCACAAAGAGAGAUAUCAUUUUUCUUUAAAGAGCUCUCUGCAGAUAUAAUUACAGAACAUGAUGAAUUGUAGCUAGCUGGUUAAAGUUUGAUGCAGAAAAACAACCUUUGUUCAUGUACAAGACUAUAUCACCAAUUCCACCCUUGCUAUUUUUUAAGUCAUUAUGUUUUCAGACUUCUAAGAUUUUCAAGGCAAAUCUAUCGUACAAUUAAUCUUAUACUUUUAGAUAGAGAUAUUUUAUACGAUAGAAUAUUAUGGUGUCGUUUGAUUCAUGUAGCCGACCCUAUUUAUUGAUAUAUGGUCUGUUGGCUUGGUUGUUGUUGGUAGUUUAGAAUGCGGUUUCAAUGACUACUCCUUACAUACUAUGACAAUUAAUUAUGAUUAAUUAGAUCAUAAUUUAUCAAUUUUUUAUCCUA